AUGAUCUCGACGGACAACUCCACCGCCCUCGAUGGCUUCCCGCUAGUGUUUGAUGACCAGUGCCUUCGACUCACGUCUGCUCUCCCACUCGGGACGAACACCUACGGCCUUGAAGAGGUCGCCGCGAGCAGCGGUUUCCGUAGAGACGCCAGCGCUGACGGCGGCGUCGGGAUGAUCCAGACGACAUGGGCGCGGGACAUUGUUGAUCCCAUCGACCAGACCGUCCAUGGCUCGUAUCACAUCUACAACGAGCACCGCUGGGAGCGACGUUGGGUCUACCGUGAAGUCUCUCACCGCAUGAUGCAAAUCACCCUCGUCGACUCAAACCCGCGUAUGCGAACGUUCGGCGGAUUGGUACCAGAAUGUAGCCCUGACGGCUCGUUCGACGACGAUGACCGCGUGAAUAUCCUCUAG